UUUGGGUCAAGCGUUAUGCAGGGACAUACGAAUAUCGCGUACAAUUUGGAUUUGAUAACAUCGGAAGUUAUUUAUUAUAGCAGAUCAUUAGGCGGCAGAGGAUUCUUGUGCCUAAUACUGGGACUAUGUUUUCCAUCAUCAAACUCCCAUUUUCGACCAAGUAACAAAUUUUCAAUUAUCCACGAAUUUACACAUUUAGAAUUUGAUUAUCCUUCGAAACAAGACAGACAAGCCGAUAUAGAAUCUGGUGUGUUUAUACCUGGUAAAUUAGCACCUAUAGACACCGACGCCUAUUUCAAUCCAAAAACCAAAGAAAAAACGACGUUUAUCACAAUUCCUAGAUUUCAAGACGGCGUACCCGCCACAUUGGGUACCAUUGUUCGCAAUAGUAAUGGAUAUCCCAUCAUUAAACCGUAUCCUUCAUGGGAAUGGUACAAAAAUCCUCAGUCUUGUAACAAAUUAAGGAUAGUUUCGGUUUACAGGAUCAUGAUUGAUUCAUGUGAUCGAUUAUGGGUAAUGGAUGGUGCCCAGAUUGGAGAAAAAGUGGCGUGCCCACCACAAAUAAUGGCUUUCGAUUUGAAAACGAACACGUUAAUAAGUAAAUUUGAACUACCUGCAAAUCAAUGGACCGAAAACUCGACAUUUGUAACUCCAGUUGUUGACAUUGUGAAUCGUAAAAAUAGAUGCGAAAACACUUUUGUUUAUAUGGCCGAUUGUACUGGUUAUUCAAUAGUCGUAUACGAUCACAAAAAAAGAAAUUCUUGGAUUGUCAAAGACGAAACAAUGAUCUGGAAUCCAAACUUUCAAACGUACUCCAUAGCAGGUCAAUCUUUUCAACUUCAGGAUGGAAUAUUAGGUUUAGCUUUAGCUCCAAGUGUUCCCGUAUACGGAAAACGUUUAUUCUAUCACGCCAUGUCGAGUGAAACCGAGCAUUGGGUCAAAACAUCCGAUCUACAAAAUGAGCAGCUUUUUACCAGUGGACGAAAUUCGUAUUCCCGUAUUUUUUACACUUAUAAAGGUACACGACAUACGCAAAGCGCAGCCGAAGCUAUAGAUAAAGAUGGAGUUUUAUAUUUUGGUUUAAUGUCGAAUAUAUCAGUUGGUUGUUUUGAUACAGAUGGUGAGUACGGUAUACCUGGAGAUUAUUCGGAUGUUAUAGCCCACAACGAAAAUACUCUACAGUUUAUCAGUGGUAUGAAGGUUAUAACCGAUUUAUCUGGAGAGCAAUACGUACAACUGCUAUCUUCCAGAUUUCAAAAAGUCGCUACAGAUACUAUUAGUCCCCGAGAAAUAAAUUAUAGGAUACAAAUAGCGAGUGUUAAGAAUUUGAGGUUAGGUACUAGAUGCAAACCGUCGCAACGACCUGGACCACCGGUGACUCAUGAACCUAGUUAUAGUACUCCUACUUCCAAUAGUUACAAUAAUGGAGGACCAGUUGUUUUUCCUUCGAAUGAUUUUGGCAGAUUAUUUUGCCUGGCGCUUGUUUUAUAUAUCUUGCCGAAGCCGACGUUUUCGCAGAAGGGAAUGAAAAAAAAAUUCUCUAUUCAAUACGAAUUUUCCUAUUUGGAAUUUGAUUAUUCCUCAAGACGAGAUAGAGAAGCUGCAAUCAAAUCUGGUGAAUUUAUACCAGGAAAACUUGCUCCAAUCGACACUGACGCGUAUUUCAAUCCAAAAACCAACCAAAAAACGACGUUUAUCACAAUUCCCAGAUUUCAAGACGGCGUACCUGCUACUUUAGGAACCGUAUUUAAAAAUAGUAGCGGAUAUCCCAUCAUUAAACCGUAUCCUUCUUGGGAAUGGUUCAAAAAUCCCACAUCUUGCAACAAACAGAGGAUUGUAUCAGUUUACAGGAUCAUGGUAGAUUCGUGUGAACGAUUAUGGGUAAUGGAUGGAGCACAGAUUGGAGAAAAAGUGGCUUGCCCACCACAAAUAAUGGCUUUCGAUUUGAAAACGAAUAAAUUGAUAAGUACAUAUGAAUUACCGCAGGAUCAGUGGACCGAAAACUCGACAUUUGUAACUCCAAUUGUUGACAUUGUGAAUCGUAAAAAUAGAUGCGAAAACACUUUUGUUUAUAUGGCCGAUUGUACUGGUUAUUCAAUAGUCGUAUACGAUCACAAAAAAAGAAUUUCUUGGAUUGUCAAAGACGAAACAAUGAAACCGGAUCCAGAUUUCGAAACGUUCUCUAUUGCAGGUCAAUCUUUUCAACUUCAGGACGGAAUAUUAGGUUUAGCUUUAGCUCCAAGUGUUCCCGUAUACGGAAAACGUUUAUUCUAUCACGCCUUGUCGAGUGAAAUCGAAACUUGGGUCAGAACUUCCGAUCUACAGAACCAGCAGCUUUUUACUGACAGUCAAACUUCAUAUUCCCACAUUUUUUACACCUACAAAGGUACACGCCAUACGCAAAGCGCAGCCGAAGCUAUAGAUAAAGAUGGAGUUUUAUAUUUUGGUUUAAUGUCGAACAUAUCAGUUGGUUGUUUCAAUACGAGAGGCGAAUACGGCUUACCAGGGAAUUAUUCAGAUGUAGUAGCUCGCAAUGAGGAAACUUUACAGUUCAUUAGUGGCGCCAAAGUAAUAGCCCGGUUUCCAGACGUCGAAUAUCUACAAAUAAUAUCCUCCAGAUUCCAGAAAGUUGCUACAGAUACUUUGAACCCUGCUGAAAUUAAUUUUAGAAUACAAACAGCUUGUGUGAGGAAUUUGAAAGUUGGUACUAACUGCGAUCGAAAAUAUAACGGAAACAAAUAUUAUUAA